UUAAAUGUUGCAUACUUCUGAUUGAAAUUUAUUGUUUUAGAAAAAGAAAGUUUAUUCUAGAAAAGAGGUAUUGAACACUGUGAAUAUGGUGAAAAAUGAAAUUAAGAAAAUUUGCAAUGUGAAAAUGGAUGAUGGGGCACAGUUUUAUGAAGUCAAAUGGUGGAAGUCAUGGGAAACUGAAGAAUGUCUAACACAAUGUCAAACAUUGAUUGACCAGUUUUGGGACUUUAUAAAUAACAAAGCAUCUAUCAAUUCGAAUCAAAAUAUGAGAUACGGAAACAAUGUUACCCACCAGUUAUCUCCUUUUGAAAACGCUUUUGCAGAAGAAGGUAAUGGACGGCCACUUGGAUUCUAUAAAAACGGAGAAAAUCGAAAACGAAGAAUGGAAAGCACUGUGGAGUUGAUAGAGCCACAUGCAAUAAAAAAAAUAUGUAAUGUAAAGGUUGAGAAGGGGCAAACACUUUAUCAAAUUCAAUGGAAUACCACCUGGGAAAAUCCCGACAGCCUUCACAAAAGUUUACAUUUAAUAAACGAGUUUUGGAGUUUCAUCAAUUGUAAAUGUACAUUUGAGGAAGAGCCUGCACAGAAAAGGGUAAAGUUAGGCCUGAACUUUUCUGUUUUGAAGGACCACGCAAUGUCACAAAAUGUAUCUAUUUCACCGGACAAACCAAUGUCUGAAAGAGGUAGAGGACGCGGAAGAGGUAGAGGUAGAGGGAGGGGUGAUACAUCUAAUGUUUCAAGCUUUGGUCAAUCUAAUGGCGGUGCGCCAAGGUUAAAAGCAGCUGCUAUGGAGUCGUUACCACCAACAAACGUAACCUUCACACCACCAAAGCUUAUUCCUGAUUCUGACCACGCAACUAGUGAUAGUCCGUCGAAGAAAAAAGGAGCACUGGUGAAGUCGCUAGCGGAGUGGGAUGAUCCGUAUUGUCGCGUAGCAUUUUUGUGUCGAGUUUGUGGAGCAGAACAGAAUAUAAAAUACAGGGGGAAUUGGAAAGCGCAUUUUUUAAAACACUCGGACGUGAAACCGUUUCAAUGCGAUGUAUGUGGAAAGGAUUUUGUUCAAAAGAUCCAUCUGCAGUUGCACGCCAAGAAAAUACAUAACCUUCAAAUAUAGACUUUUUUUGUUUGUACUUGUUUAGUUUGCAAAUUUUGUUGGAAUUUCCUUUUUGUAUAGCAAACUGUAAUACAUGUAUUACUUUUAUAAGCAACUCUACUAUGACCUAGUACUUGAGUUGCUAAAAAAACUUUCUAAAUUGAUAGAAAAGUGGUUUAACGGUUGCUUACCAGAAACCUUUAAUAAAAAAUUCCGUAUCAACACGCAAUUGUUUCAUUUUAUGUCAAAUUGGUUACUGUAAACUGUUGUGCAUAUCAGUUUGUGCACUGCUAUGUUAAAUGGAGGCCUUUCAACGAGUUCUCAUGUUUUAUAUCUGCCUUAAUUAACAUAAUUACACGGGUUUUUUUUGUCAGAACCUUUGAACAGGAGUGUUUUGAUUUUUAUAACUAAUUUGUUUCGCUUACCAUGGAUGAUGUGAUUCAAAAGAAUUUUUUUAUUAUAUCUGUGUACUUGUAUGUAUAUUUACUUUAAUGAUCUUUUCCUGAAAUUCACCAUGUAUAUUCAUAACUUUGA